UGUGUUUUGCGUCAUGACGCAGGACGGUUACGUCACACAACUGCGGCUGAACCAACCAGGAAGUGCUUAGAACGACAGAGCACUGAAAAUGUUUACAUUCAGUUUAACGCUCGUACGACAUGGAGAAACACAGUACAACAGGGACAAGCUGCUGCAAGGUCAAGGUGUGGACACACCCUUGUCAGAAACAGGUGUGCAGCAGGGUGAGGCUGUGGGAAAAUACCUCAGAGACAUACCAUUCAACAAUGUGUUUGCGAGUAACCUACAAAGAGCUGUACAGACAGCUGUAAUAAUUCGGAGGAACAACACUCACUGUUCUGGCACGGAGAUGGUUUUGGAGCCGUUACUCAGAGAGAGGGGUUUUGGCGUUGCUGAAGGACAUCCCAAAGAUGAUCUGAAGAACAUGGCCAACGCUGCUGGCCAGUCAUGUCGUGACUACACCCCUCCAGGAGGAGAGACUUUAGACCAGGUGAAGCUGCGAUUCAAAAAAUUCCUCAAAGUCCUUUUCAAACAAAUGUUGGAUGAGCGCGGCUGGUCCGGACCAGAUGCCUCUGCAGGAGCAUCAGAAGCCGGAGGCGCUGCGAACGGGCCUGCAGCUGCCGCCUCGGGCAUCGCUCCCGUUGGCUCGGCUGAAGAUGGUCUCCAGGGAGUGUCGGUCCACGCUCUGGUCGUGAGCCACGGCGCUUACAUCCGUGUAGCCGUCAAGCACCUCGUAGAGGACUUACAGAGCUCUCUGCCUGCAGGGGUGAAGAUGUCCCAGCUGUUUUCACCCUGUCCAAACACUGGCAUCAGUCGCUUCAUUAUCACCCUGAGCCAGUCUGAGUCCCGCCCCGUCCUCUCUGCUGCUCGCUGCGUCUUUACCAACAGGAAGGAUCACCUGGAAAACCUCACAGCUGCUCAAUAGUGUAAAAGGGAAAGAAAUGGGUGGCGUAUGCGUACUUGUACACAGUCUCUGACUGGAACAAUCAUGAACACUAAAGGGGAAAUAAGCUCAAAGUUACCCCUGGUAACUGAAUACAGCAAUGCACAUAGUAAAUUAUGUUUUCAAUAGCGUUUUACUGUGGAUCAAUAGUCAAAAAUAAGUGUACAGUUUCAUCAUUCUCCCAACUGUAGGCCAGUGAGGACUUGUCAUACUGCAUUUUUAAUAUUGUAAACUUGAUUGCCUCUUUUAUCGUGUUAUACCAAAGUCAGAACUAUUUAUUGUAGUAUUGAACGUUGUCAGUACGUGUGUCUCGUGUGAUGCUGCUCAUUCUACUUGUGCAAUACAACAUGACAACACUGAAUCUUUGUUGAGUUUUUUACAUACAUAUACUGUAGAUAGCAGAAAAUAAUACAGGAUUACACAUAUCACAAAAUGCUGUGAAACUACAUCUAUGACAUCCGUCCGACUCCUCGGUUUUCAAUAUGGUUUUUUUCUUUCUAUUUUUGGUGUCUCUUUUUAAUCUCCAGCCGUCAUGACCUCAAUAUUUCAAACACAACGUGAUCUAUUUAUGUUAAUACUGCGAGGUAAAAUCUAAAAACGGUAGACGUCCCAUUGAACAUAAAUGCACUUCUGAUACAUAACAGAAUAUAACAGGAAAUAGUGGAAGGAAAGCUGUCUCUAGAUCGAGAUUUCAUGGUAUUUAUCAGUGGUGGAGUAAGCAUUCAGAUCUUUUACUUAAGUAAAAGUAGCAAUAGUACAGUGUAAAAAUACUCUGUUACAAGUAAAAGACAUGCAUUCAAAAUCUUACUCGAGUAAAGCCCAUUGAUGCCAAAAAUAUACUGCCUGCCCUCGCUUUAAUACGUUAUAUAUUGUUGGUUUAAUAUGUAACAAUAUGACGUGUAUUACGACAAUUUGACGUUUCACGGAAGGUUGUGAGGUCAGUAACUUCCUGUAAUCUCCUAUUCCCCAAAAUGUUGAACUAUUCCGUUAACAG